AUGCAUUCGUUAAGAGGAUGGAAUUGGUUGGUUCUGGGCAGUGUGAUGGGAAUGGUACACGGCGCUGCGUUGCCUACUAUUACACCUGCGCCGCGACCAGACAGAGUUGACAUUCGAUCGUUGAAGUAUAGACAAGACCCUGAUGCUAUCGAGAUCUUGCAAGUGCUCAUUACUGCACUACCACUUUCGCUACGACAAAUCGCUGCGACGAAUAUACCCGCCGUCUCGAGCAUACUAUGGGAAGAGUUCCUAGAUGAUAACCGGCCAGAAUGGUUCAAUGAGCUGCCAUACGACAUACAAUCUUAUUUUAUCCAAGAAUUCGGACCAGCAACAGCAGCACCACCUGCGAGCGAAGCGAUACCCACUGAUGUCACCGCAUCCUGCGGCGGAAUCUUCUACAAUAUCAGAAUCCGAAAGCUUGAGCAUAAUACCUACAUCUACGGCGUCUUCAAGGAGUCUCUUGAGCGAGACAUCCAGUUUGGCGUCUUCCUCAGAGUCUUCUCCCGCAUCUUCGACUACGCCAGCGACUUUGUCAUCUUCCGCGACUACGUUUUCCACUUCGUCCUCGUGGUCAAGUUCAUCCGCGACUCCAAGUUCAACUGCAGACCCAAUAGCACCUGCGUCCAGCGACUCUGGCCUAACAAGACAAAGAGAAGACGGUCCAUCGAAGGCAGUCAACCUCCUUCAUCACCCGGGUUCAUUCCUCGUUUCUCUUUUCAGGACCGAGGCCUAAGCGUUGAGAGCUUCGAACACAGGCGACCUUUGAAUCCUGCAUCACAUCAGACGAGUCGAUUCGUGGAGGACAUGAAUUGGGAGGAUGAUGGCUAUGAACCGCCUAUGUCCACAGCCUACGGGGGCCAUACGAUACCGGCAGCAGCACCUACACCAUCGCAAGCAAAUGCUAUAGCUACUGCAGGUGUACCCCACCCUAACCAAGGCAAAUUUAUGCCAGCAGGAUCAACGCCGAUGGCAAUGCAAGACAAUCACACACCGAUCCUGGCGCCCGCACUUUACCACAGCCACUCAUCAAAUCGUGCUCGUGGCCGACGAACAAGCUACACGAGCCUUCACUCUGUGGCCGAAGUCACAGAACCCGACGACGAAAUGAAUAGAGAGUCUCCCAUCUUGGGUCGUCACAACUCACCGCCCAGGACGGGGCCUCGAAGACCUGGUGUGCCAACCCUGGACAUGCUCCCUGUCCCCGCUGUAGCGAGCAUAAAGCGCAAACCGGUGCCCACAAGUCCGAUCAGUAGCCCAGCGGCAGAAGCAUCACGAGGUCUCCUCCGGCCUUCUCUCGCACACAACACUGCCGACCAUAGUGGAAGCAGUUCCUCCGGUCUAGCCGUCUCCAGCCUCUCUUCCAACUCUGGGCACACGUACCAUUCCGACGAUUCUGCGCCCAUAUCUCCUAUCACGCACCAGAAACCGUCUUCGAACCCCUUUGCAGGCGGAUAUUCUUACCUUGAAGACUAUGGUCCGGAAUACUCGAACAAUGGAUACAACGACCAGGAUGACGAAGUAUACGGCGGACACAGGAGUCUAGACCGGUACCCAGAUCCCAGUCCGCCGAGGAGAAAGAGUAGCAAGACUGAGUGGCCGUUGAGAAACGUCAUGGGAGGUGGUCAGAAGAGGACGAGAAGUCCCAUGUGGGACCGCGUUUACGAACGUGUAUGA